AUGUCGGAAGAAAUAAUAAACGAUAAUGGUAAGGAACGACUGAAGAAGCGAAAUGGAAAUAUGUUCAAGAGAAAAAAGGAAUUGUCAUGGCGAAAGAAAAAAGCUGCGAUGAAGCAAUUUCGUGAAGAUAUAUUGUUGGAACAAUUAAUUCGAAAGCCUGAAGUUAGUAAUGCUUUAGUAGCGGAUACGAACGAUGUCGGCAUGAAUAAAAUCAGGAAUAAUGGAAAAUUUGUGAUGUUAAGCAUAGCACUUCCUGGAUCAAUAUUGAAUAAUGCGCAAAGUCCAGAGCUAAGGACUUAUCUUGCUGGACAGAUAGCGCGUUCGGCUGCGGUAUUCUGUAUAGAUGAGAUUGUUGUUUAUGAUGAGACAGCUCGAAUGAAAUCACAGCAGCGCGAAGAUUACUGCAACGGACAAUGGUAUCCAGAUUUGCCUGUUCAUAGUGGCAAUGUGGAAUGUAACUUUCACCUGGCAAAAAUCUUGGAAUUUAUGGAUUGUCCACAGUACUUGCGGAAAACUUUAUUUCCCCUUCAAAAAACUUUAAAAUAUGCUGGUAUUCUUAAUCCGUUGGAUUGUCCUCAUCAUCUGCGUGCAUCAGAUUUGAGUGUCCCAUAUAGAGAAGGUGUUGUUCUGGAUAAGCCAAUAAAAGCAGGUCGUGGACCUAUUUGUAACGUCGGUUUGUACAAAGAAGUCCAAAUUAAUGAGGAUGUCACACUUAAAACUGGAACUCGCGUUACCGUAAAAAUAUUGGACAUUUACUCGGAAAGAAAGCGAUAUCAUGGGUGCUUGGUGAAUUCUAAACAAAUAAAGCAAGAAGCUGGAUUAUACUGGGGCUAUAAAGUACGCCUUGCACUAAGCCUUUAUGAUGCAUUGAAUGCUGAGGAAUAUGAUGUUAUCAUAGGAACAUCAGAACGGGGGAAACCAGUGAGCAAAUUUGAAAUGUCAUUUUCUGGAAAAAACCGAAUUUUAAUCGUUUUUGGUGGGCUGGAAGGGUUAGAGACAGCCGUAGAAGCUGAUAAAAAUAUCAAUUGUUCAACUCCUGAAGAACUUUUUGAACAUUACCUGAACGUUGUACCUGGACAAGGAAGUCGAAUCAUCCGAACGGAAGAAGCAAUACCAAUAACCUUAGCCACACUGAGACCUAUGAUUUGUACUGAUUUAUGA